ACGCGGGCUUCAUGCCGAUUCUGGGCGCUGCUUGCUUCGAACUGUUGCACGGUGUUUGUUGUGCCUGCUCUAACUAAUAAUGAACAACUUAAGGAUUUGUGAAGUCACUUUUGGAACGUAACUGCAUUUCGCAACUUGUGUUCAAUAGUUUAUAAGGGAACAUUCGAGUUGGAAUAAGAACCGUGGUCUUUCGGCCCUUCUGGAGUAUUGCAUUCAUUAGAUGGACUUCAAAUGAACUGAAGUCAAGCCACAUUUGGCUGUUUCCCUGCUCCAUUCAAAAAAGAUGGCAGACCGCUUUUACAAGUUGGAAGAUGAAGCCUUCCCGAGUUUCCUCUGCAACUCUCUGGACAGCACCAGUGGCCGUGCCACACUGGGGAAUGUGACAUUGGGUUCAGGCCCAGGGCUUCCAGUGGCUGCUUCUACAGUGGCUAAAAUUAACCCAGGAUCUGACAACAGAGAAGACCCUGUUGAGGCGUCAUAUCUGGAGGGCCAAGAGCAGCAGGCCAAGUCCCAGUCCUUUCUUAGGGAACAACCCAUGUUCGCCCUAAGCUUCAAGGAUGACUUGGACAAUGCGGAUGACUUCAUUGCAGCACACCGUCUCUCAGACAUGCUCGUAAAGAUUAAUUUGGAUGAGAGUGCAUCUCAAAAGCAAGCCUCCAUGCUGAGGCUGUGUUCUCCACAGAUGGGCUCAGUGCACAGCCGGCCCACAGAGCUUGAUCUUUCAACGGGGCUCCUGACGUUUGCCCAUUUUGGGCAAAAAGAAAACACAGAUGCAAAGGCUCAGCCUCUACCCGCUACAGCUGACGAGGACAAUGUGCAGCGUGAGGGAGUGGACAGUGGCAGUAACUCCAGCUUCUUGGCAAAUGAGAAGCUCAUGUCCGUGGACAGCAUCAGUAGCGAUAUCACAGAUGAUGACAUAGAUUCCGAAAACCUGCCUGAUGAUGAGCUGGAGCUGUAUUUCAAUAAGCUGGUGCCUCCUGCCAUGCAGCGAGGCAGAGUGGAGGGCCAGGAGAUUCCUGUGACAGGACGGCCAGGUGCUACUGACAACAAUUCAAACCCAUGUUCUACAGAACCAGAACAGUAUAGACACCAGUUUCUCGAUGACUACAAUCAGGAAGACUUUCAGAUGCCUGAUGUGCGUCUUGCUGCUACAGGUAUGGACUCCUGUCCAGCCAGUGAUGAGGACACUGAGGAUGAGCUGGAGUCUGCUAGAAGGAACAGCAAUGCUACCCGGACACGGCUGCUGCCCAGCACUUCAAGACAACUGGUUGGAGAGAGCAAUCGUCCCAGUUUCAGGCCAGGCUUAGAGGGAGGCAGUUCUGAUGAUGAGGCUUCCAGUGGCCGCGGCGGUCCAUCUCUGUCUGGUAUUGAACAGAGACGAUCGGCUGAGGGACAGGUCAUCAACCCUCCAGUCACGGGGGAUGGAGGAGGUGGGGAUGGAAGCAGUGGGAGUGAAGAAAGCGGAAAUGACGGUGGGGUUGCGACCAUCCCUCUCCCGGCGACUGUGGUCCAGACCACCUAUGAUGCCCUGCGUGGGCUGGGGGUUGUGGGGAGUAGUGCUAUUGGUGAGGAAAAUGAUGGCAAGCUGAAUCUGCAAGGACAUAAUAGGAAUAGUCUUUUCAGACAUACCGAGAUGGGGGACCGUGUGGGUCCUGUAGGAAUAGGAGAGGCCAGCUCUUUUUCCGGUGCAUCAAGGGGAACUCAGAGGCUUUCUUCUGUCAACUGGAGCAUGGUCCUAGACAGACAGGAGGCACUGGAUGCCAUGGAGAGCUCACAGUCUAGGCCUGCUGUUGACAGACUGUUGGACUCCGCCUACCUGAGGAGUGGAGCUGCACUCCAGAGACCUCAGGAAUCGGCCAGCCUCACAUUCUCCUACCUUCAAGGCACCCAGGGGAGCUUCCACGUCUCUCAGGUACUGCUUCCUGAAUGCCAUGAUGGGGACAAUGAAGAUGGUGAUGAUGGAGUAGAUGAGCCUGAUGGUGCCAGGCAUUCGUUGGGCUUAAGAGGAGGGCCUUGUGGGAAUGUAAGUGUUGCAGAGGCCUCAGACGGUACCAGUGAGGAUGACAACACUCCCCUUUCAACUUCCCUGGAACCCAAGUAUUUCUCCCAGAGCAUCCACCAGGACACAGAAGAUUCAGAUGAUGGGUGGAAUUAUUGCCCAGACAACCUGGAGCAGGAAUUUAAACAAGGUGCACAUGCCACACAGAGUGUGGUUUACCAGAACGAUGAAGGACAGUGGGUGACUGACCUGGCAUAUUACUCCUCCUUUGAGAAAGAGGUUGAUGGGAAGACUUCAGAGAAUGUUGGCCACUUACAGACUGAGGAAUUUCUUCCUCCCAGUGAUGCUUUGGAAAAGAUGGCUAAGGAUCAAGAGAAAUUUGAGAAAGAGCACCAAUUUAUGCAGGAGGAGAAGAUGGAACCAGCCAGCAGCAACAGCACCUUUAACAGCGACUCCUCUUGGAAGGUUCCCCCCAACAGUAACAUCCUGAUGAGGGCUUCGCAGGUCUCCACAGAGUACAAGCAGGGGGACCAGAGCUACCUGCGACUGACUUUGGGCCAGUUUUUUGGACAGCGCUCUGAAGCCCUUGGCUGUCUUGGCAGUGCUGAUGAUUUGGAUUUUGUUAAACGGCCUUCCUUUGGCUACAUCAUUACCUCUCCAGAGAAAAGGGACCCAUUUCCCCUCAUUCAUCCCUCAGAGUUAUCAGCUACAGGCAACUCUCUAGCUGACACUAUGGAACCCAGUGAAGCAGAUGAGACACUCAACCCAGAAGACCUGGACCAAACUCUUGAGGCACCAGGUGAAAGGAUGUCACUGAAAGAUGAAAUUGCACCGUAUGAACAGGAGGAUCAUACUGUAAGAGCUGCACCUGACCACCAUGAGGGCUCUGGCUCUGAUUCAAGCUUAGGUAACCAAAGCGGUGUGUCCCCUAACAGUAACAACAGCCAAAUGAUGCUGAGUAUCAGCACAAUUGCUUCAGCCAUUGCUGAUGCGUCCAUCAGCACUGACCCAUCGCAGCUGGCUGCCAUGAUAAUGGCGCUCUCCAAGAGAAGUAGGGCGAUGAAUAGACCUGAGAGAGCAGACCAUGUUGGACCUACGGUCAACUUUACAGAGGAACCACACUCAGUGGAACAUAUCCUCCCUGAGCCAGAUCAGAGCAGCCUGCUGGACAUACUGCACAGAAGCACCUGUGUUGGAGAGCUGAGUGCCUUUGACAUGGAGAAAUACCUGAAAAUGACUGAAGUGUCAUACAGCCCUGACGCCUCUGUGGCUCACACCACCUUUGACCUGACUGCCUGGGCUAACAACCUCAGCAGCUCUCAAAGGAACCCUCAGGGGGGGUUUCCUGAGGAACAGGGGAGCUCAGCUCAGCAAGUGGACAGUAAGACUCAACAGAAGCCAACAAUAACAGAAACUGGGGAGAAAGGCCGAGGAGGAGAGACCUCAACAAACACUAGCUUGUCUACAGAGCCAAAUUCAUUAUCUCCCGGUCAUAAGGGUCACUCAAAAAUAAGCUCUAUCCCUCGUCCCCGUACAUCUUUCAGCUCUGCCAGAAGAUCUGAGGGCUCAAGGCAGACUUCAACUCUCACGACUCUGGCAGACAAAAGGACUUCCUCUGGCAGGGACCUUACAGAAAAUGUCAAGCCAGGAGAAUGGAACCAACAGGCCUCCAACAAUAUUAGAUCUUCCUUAGAAACAUCACAAAAGAGUGAAACAGGAUCCUCUUCUACACCUGGAAUGCAAAAUAUCCUACCAGGUUCAUCUAAAGGUUCCUCUUCUCCGCCACAGAGGGUGAAGACUGCAGGCCAGCAGCAGCAGCAGCAGGAGGAGGAGGAGGAGGAGGAGGAGGGACAAAGCAAUUUUCCAGCGAAGAAUAUCAUGGCUGCUCCUCUACCUGGUAGUUCUGUGGAGAAGCAUGUUGGCUUCUCUGGCCAAAACAACCAGCAUCCACUAGACCCUGCACCUGAGCUGCUGAAGGGUUUUGCUGAGCCUUGCGCGGAGGAGACGCAGUAUAACUUCCGACCGUCCACCUCUCCGCUUACUCACUCCUCUCCAAGUCAGACCUCCAUUCCCAAAGCUGAUGGUAUGGUGUCCCCUGAUUCAUCCAGUGGUGGUCUAGCAGGCAGACAUCCAGAUCUUGACCUCUCUCCUCAGUCAACCUGCUCCAGCCCCAGUCUCAGCAGGCUCACAUACAUCUCAAUGAAUGAUGGCACUGUCAUACCUACACCUGACAGGCAAAAGAAUAACUGUACCAUGGCACUGAGCACCACCAUCAUCAGGUUCAGUCCAACUCCACCUCUGGAUCAAGAUGAACAGUCUGCCCAAGAUAUUCUUGGCUUGCCUAAAAGCCUGGACCAGGUGCGACCACAGCAUUCUAAAAGUCUGGACCCACUACCAGCACAGCAGAGUAAAAGCCCAGAGCCCUCACGUAGUGCAUCUGGUCUGAGCUGCACUCGCAGCCAGAGUGAAUGUAACUACCACUUCCCCGGAGACAGACCUGGGGAUCACUCAGCAGGUUACGGGAACCACAAGCACAUCUCUGAGUCCAAUGUAAGACAGCUCACUAAAGUGGACUCAGGCUAUUGCAGUAAUCUGAACAUUCAGCAAACUAACAGCAGUGCACCUCCGAGCUCUCAGUGGGGAGCUGCUAGCUCAAUGGCAUCGUCAGUGUAUGCUGGUAGCCUUGGAAUGCCAUCAUACACAUCAGGGGGACUUCACUAUGUACCCAUCCCCAGCUUUAAGCCCCAGUGUGCUGGCUUGAUUGACCCUCCCCACCAAGGAGAUAUACAGUCCCUUCUCGCUGGACGCUCACUUUUCAACUCGCAGCUGGCUCAGCAGUAUUUGGGACCUGAAGUUCCAUUACAUCCUAGUGCCUAUCAUGUGGGAGCAACAGGACAUGGUCUCUUCAGUGUGUCCUCUACAGGCAUACCCAACACUGAACUAACAGGGAGACACGUCCAUCCCACAUCAGUUCCUCUGGGGAUUCCUGGCUCUGCUGGAACACAUCACCUCAAUAGACCCCAUUACGGCCAGCAGGACGGGGGAAUGAUGGGAAAACCCUUCAGUCAAUAUGGUGUAGAGCCAAUUGGGGCCGGUGGUCUUGAGGAUCUGAGAGGACAAGUGGUGGUGCCAGAAGAACUGCGGUUCCCUCACACCUGCUGUGUAGGCAUCGCUUCACAAACCUCCCUGAGUCUCUUCAACCCCUCGGAGAGAUGGCAGCAAGUAGCAAUUACUGUCACCAGCUUGGCCAUUGAUGGAGAGAAGGUGGAUAGCCUCCCGUUCCAGUGGCUUAUAGUGAAAAACAAGACCAUCAUUGCCCCCAAGAGUACAGAGGAGCAGAAGUUGUUGUUUAUCCCUCCACAGGCUGGUGUCUACCAGUGUGUCUUUAGUGUUUGCUCCUGGCCUGCAUCUGCCGAGACAGAGGUUGCAGCCAGGGCCAACAUCUUUGCUAAAAGAGUUGUUCUGGUUGCUAUAGCAGAGAAUCCUGCGCUAGAGGUUGAAUUAAAUGAAUCAGGCUGUCUGGAUUUUGGAGACCUUUCAGGAGGCAGUGCCAGAUCCCUUCCUCUCAAACUGCUCAACAUGACUCAUGCUACAGUGCCCAUCCGUCUGGUCAUCAGUGCAAACGCUACAGCCUGGAGGUGCUUCACCUUUUCCAAGCACCCUGUUACCAACACAUCUGAGGCGAAACAGCAGGCUGGACACAUGGCCGCAGUGUCCUCUCCCUCGGUGAUGAAUCAUGUGAUGCAUGCCAGCUACGAACAGAAUCCACAGGGCUUUAUGGUCUGGGUUCACUUUAAGGCUCCUCAGAAGUACACAGUUACUUCAGGAGAGCUUGGUCCUGCUGAUGAGUACAAUGGUCGUGUGGACAUUGAAGUGGAUUCUCCUGGUCCUAGUCAUGUGAUCAGGAGUGUUCCCCUCAAGGCCAAAUGUGGAACUGCAAGGGUCCAUGCUCCUAAAGACCUGCAGACUGUCAGUCUGUCUGCUCCACUGGGUAAAUCUAGUCAACAGACGCUGCCAUUAAAGAAUGCUGGAAACAUUGACGUGCAGCUGAAACUCAAGUGCAGUGAUGCUGAGGACAUUUUUUCUGUGACACCUGAUGAACUGUCCCUGAGGAUGGGAGAGGAGCAAGGCAUCGUGGUCUCCUUCAAAGCACAGGGCAGCAGGAAAUAUCAAGAAAGCCUUCUCACCAUCUUGGUGCUGCCAUCAGGUCCUCAGUAUGAGGUAACCCUGAAAGGCGAAGUUGUCCCAGAGGACUCAGGGAAAGCUCCCAGUCCCUCUGCUGAUGUCGUUGUUCUCGCUGUGGCCAAUGAUGUUCCACCAAUUCUCUCUAAUAAACAGUUUGUAGCCUGGGGAGGAGUCACUCUGGGACGAGCUGUGCAACAGAAGCUGGUUCUAAGGAACAAUUCCACCGACGCCACGCAGCAGCUACGGUUGCUUAUCCGUGGUCAAGACCAGGAUUGUUUUCAGCUGCAGAGUAUGUUCAGUCCUGAAGAGCGCCUGACCCGACACGGAGAGCUGUCCAUUCGUCCCAGAGAAGAUGUGACCGUCCACCUGCUCUUUGCUCCCACCAGAGUGGCCUGCAUGUUGGCCAAACUGGAGAUUAAACAGUCUGGAGUCCGGCCUUCACAGCCAGGGGUCAAAUUCACUAUUCCACUGUCGGGCUACGGUGGGACGAGCAACAUCAUUCUGGAGGACCAGAGAAAACAGGCAGACGGCUAUGUGGCAACAUUGACUGACAUCGCUGUCGGUCGUGUCAGUAAAGUGUGUAUUUGCGUGAGGAACACUGGCUCCAGAGCAGCUUUCAUCAAAGCUGUGGCCUUCUCAGAUGUGCAGACACGAUCAGUUAUGGAACCCCCUCUCAUCAGCAUCGCCCCGUCACAGUUUGUGCUUAAGGAAAGGACACAAGAGGUGAUAACUGUACUAAUAAAGUCCACUCAAAGAGAACAAGCCCUAUGUCAGUCGGCCAAUGCAAUGCUGGCUACCGUCUGCCUGUUUUGUGGAGAUGAGGUCUCCAGGCAGCAGUACAGGAGAUUGCUUCAGAGCAAACCGGAGGCUGUGAAGAAGGCUCUGUCUGAAAACAGUCUGCUGAAAAACAUCAAUUUCUAUGAAACGUUUUUGGGAGAAGAAAACCUUACAGAGGUCUACGACCUGCCUCAGCGGCCCAAUGAAGCUCACAUUUUCUAUGGAAAUAUGAGUAAGGUAGUGGUGUCGUUGGUUGGAAGUACGAACAGUGAGCUGCUGCCCGCUGAUAAACACAGAGCAGAGACAGACAGUGCUUUGACAAAUGGCAAUGUGUCUCUGGACGUGCUGCCAGUGAAAGGUCCCCAAGGUCCAGCACUGAGAGUGGCAGAGCCAACCUUAAAGAGUGUCCCUCCACAGGCUUCAGAGCCAUUACACAGGCGGUCUGAGUCCUGGACCCUCCACCCAGAACAACUUGUCCUUGCAGCUCCCACCAUCAAUGGUGCGGCCUCCACUAGUCAGGUUCAGAUCCGGAACAAUACUUCCAGAGAGCUGAGCUUCGAUCUGUCCUGGCCCGCUCACUGCCUCACCAUCACCCCUCAGCAUGGAGUUAUUGAGCCUCAGUGCCACCUACAGAUUUUGAUCAGCCCCAACCCCUCACUAGCAACUAAAUCUACCCUGCUGCCAUGGAGUGGACAGAUUUAUGUCCAGUGCGACAGUCAGCAGAAGUUGAUUAAGGUCCAGAUUCGUGGGGACCUGGCUUUGGAUGUGUCCGCAGCCCCAGCAGACUCCACUCUGUCAGCCCUGCCUGCUCAGGCUGCCACUCCAGUGCUGACUGUGCCCAGACUCACUGUCCAGCCGUCACUACCCCAGCACACCCCACAGGCUCCUCUAGCCCUGCUGGAGAUCAGCAACAAGACCAUCAUGUUCCCCAGCACUCCUUCAGGGGAAACAUCAGAGGCCCAGCUGGAGGUGCAGAAUGGGAAAGUGGAAGUGAGGUGGUACCUGUCAUCAUUUGCUCCUCCAUAUGUCAAGGGGGUUGACAACACAGGAGAUGUUUACCGGGCCACUUACACUGCCUUUAGAUGCUCCGGGGCCUCAGGCACUCUGGGGGCCCAUGAGAAGAUGCAGGUGCCUAUUACUUUUCUGCCCAGGGACAGAGGGGACUACGUCCAGUUCUGGGACUUGGAGUGCCACCCUGUGUCUGAGCCUCAGCAGAAAACCAGAAUCCGCUUCCAACUCUGUGGCACUGGAGUAAAGUCUGGAACAGUGGCAGGACCACAGGAAGGAGACUGCUCUCUGGUGAAGACGGAGGCCACAGUGAAGAGCAGGAAGAGAGCUGAGGCCUCUGCAGGCAAAACCAGUGAGGAGGAGGCCGUGCGGAGGGGUGUGUAUUCUCAACAGGAUCUGUACACCUUCCCAGUGACACGGGUGGGUGAGUCCAGCACUCUGAAGGUCAACAUCCGCAACAACUCAUCCGACACACAUGAGCUGAAAUUUGUAAACCCUAUGGAACCCUUCCACAUCAAGCAUUCCAAAUAUUCUCUGAGAUCACAACACUAUCUGAAGCUACCUGUCCAGUUCAAGCCCAGUACUGCAGGCACAGAGGCUGGUGUGCUGCUCAUCCAGUCAGAAACAAGUGGAAGGCUUGUGAUACAGCUGACCGGUGAGGCAUCGCCUUGAACCUAUGACACUUCCUCAUGCUGGCUGGCUGGAUUUGGAGGGAUGCUCUUCCCUGUACUCUUCAUCAUGGGACAAACAAGAGGGAACCAGAGGAAAAUAACUACAAAUAAAGCAACCAUAGACUUAAACCUGUCCCCAUCAUCAUAUUUUGAGGUUAGCUAUAUGGCUCCUCUGAUGUAUUUGGGAAUAUUUGCUGAUGAACUGGAGAUGACUGAGCCUCUGCUGCCAACACAGAGCCUUCUGCCUCAGAAUGUGGCACAGGUGUCCUCAGCUCGGUGUCCUCCUCGGCCCAUGAACAAUGAUGAGGUCUGAAGCUGAAUGAUUUGGCCUGACUGGCUCACAAUUAGUCUGCACAACUAUGACAUUUCACAAUGCGAAUGAUGGUUGUCCCUUCACUGUGGAUCUGGUAUUUGCCUCAUCACCGAGUCAUAUCAUAAGUCAGCCCCCCGUUAGACAUUACUGGUUGCGAUACGUUAGGCACUACUUGGAGUUGUUUACACAGGAAUGUUUUUGUCUCUGAUUUGAUUCUUUUAAUUUGCAAUGUUGCACAGUAUUAAUGUGAAAAAGGGGCUAAAUUAAUUUCUUGUAACCUUGUGAUAGUAAGACUACUGGGAUUUAUGAAUUCUGCUUUUUCAAAAAUGUCAAAUGUAAGUCUGUCUACAUUGCACUAAAUGUUCCUGUUCUUCUAUAAUGGUGUGGUUUCUAUGGAGAUGGCUUCUCAUCCUGUGGAGGCCACCUGCACAGUGGCCUUCAUCAGCCCCAUGUGUUGACUUCCCAGCAUCUUCCAAGACUCCUUCCGAACAGUCCAGAUGUAUUUAAUUUGGACCUGAUCAGUGACGCUCACAGCAAUUUUCGAAUGGUUAAUGAUUGUUAUUACAUGCUAACAGAGUUUCAUCUGGCGGGGGGUUUUGUUUGGCAGCUUGCCAGGCCUGCUUAGGUUGGUUACCAUGGCAAAACAGUGUUAAUCACAGUUCCAGUCACAGAACAUUACAUCCCAAUUUCCUCUUAUGGCUCUGGGGCAAAUGUUAAAAAUUGCCUGGGGUAUUGGAUACACAUCCAUUGUUGAUUUUGGAGCUCGAAUGGCUAGACAUUUCAUCUUCAUGAGUUGUCAACCUUUGACAUGCCUCGCACUGUCAACCCUAAGGAAGUGAAUAACACUAGAGAUGAGCAUUAUUUCCCUGCUAGUAGACCUUUCAAGUCUUCUUAUGAAGGCAGAAUAUUUUCAAAGGCAGCUCUCAACAUCCCCUGACAACAACCCUGAAACAUUUAGAUUUACAAUUUGCACAUGCAUUAAAUAUAAUAUAAUGUAAUAUAUUGUAUGUUCACAUUUUGAAUAAAGUUUUGUCUU